AUGGAUGAGCCGGGGAUGAGCCUUCUGGACCAGUCCGUGAUCAAGAAAGGAGUCCUGGUGCGCGCGGGAAUUUCCAAAGGCAGCGCUCAAACCAAACUCGCUGUGUGCGCCGGACUGUCCUGGGCGCUGCGCGCGGGCUCCCUCGGGCGGGCAGGCGGGCGGCGCGGACUCGGGAGUGCGCACCAGGCGACCGCAGUCGCAGCCGUUCGGUGGCAGAGUGGGACCCCGAGCACCGGCGCCCUGAGCAGGAGCUGCGCCCUGGGCGCUGCAGACUGGACGUCGGUUACACAGCCGGAGACAGGCGCCCGGGGCGAGCGGGGAGACGUGGGGGGCAGUUCCUGCCGGAGGAAGCGCCUUGUUGCCGAGCUGAGGUUCCAGGAUGAGAACUCGGAACCUUCCCAAGUGAGCCCAGUUGUGCUACCAGGCAUCACUGCCCGGCCCGCCUGGGUGUUCCUGAGGCCCAGCACAGUUCUCGGCACACAGCCCACAGUCCCCCUCCCCUCCAAAGCCAGCAGCCUCUCGGGCCUCUCCCUGGCCAAAGACAGCCUGGUUGGCGGCGUCACCAACCCCAGCGAGGUCUUCUGCUCCGUUCCCGGCCGGCUCUCACUGCUCAGCUCCACGUCCAAGUACAAGGUGACGGUGGGGGAGGUGCAGCGGCGACUCUCACCUCCUGAGUGCCUCAACGCCUCUCUCCUGGGGGGCGUCCUCCGCAGGGCCAAGUCCAAGAAUGGGGGCCGGUGCCUGCGGGAACGGCUGGAGAAGAUUGGGCUCAACUUGCCUGCUGGCCGCCGCAAGGCCGCCAACGUGACGCUGCUGACCUCGCUGGUGGAGGGAGAGGCCGUGCACCUGGCCCGGGACUUCGGCUACGUCUGUGAGACCGAGUUCCCAGCCAAGGCCGCUGCCGAGUACCUGUGCCGCCAGCAUGCCGACCCCGGGGAGCUGCACAGCCGCAAGAGCAUGCUGCUGGCCGCCAAGCAGAUCUGCAAGGAGUUUGCAGACCUGAUGGCUCAGGACCGCUCGCCGCUGGGCAACAGCCGCCCAGCACUCAUCCUGGAGCCGGGGGUGCAGAGCUGCCUGACACACUUCAGCCUCAUCACCCAUGGCUUCGGCGGGCCCGCCAUCUGUGCUGCUCUCACUGCCUUCCAGAACUACCUGCUGGAGUCACUCAAGGGACUGGACAAGAUGUUUCUAAGCAGUGCAAGCAGUGGGCAUGGUGAAGCCAAGUCUUCAGAGAAGGACACCAAGCAUCGGAAAUAACCGCUUCCCCGCCCCAUCCUUAAGGGGCUCCCGAGGCCUGACAUGAGGCCUUAGCUCCCGGGGUGGGCCUGAGAGGACUAAAAGGUGGGAUUAGUCAGACCAAAAGCGAACACUCAUCCAGACACCCAGUUAGGGGUCUGGGCUGCAGGAAAGUGGCCUUGCAGCGGUGUUUCGUUGGUAAGUUAAGGCCCAGGUGUCUGUCUCACACGUGCAAUUUUGACUUUUGACUGCUGGGAAGGGUGGAGACAGGAAACGCGGCAGGCUGAGUGGUGGGGCAGAGCCUGUCCCGUGGGCAGCAGUGGGUGCUUCUCGGGGCCAAGGCUGUUCUGUUGAACUGAUGGCAGGAGAGAAACUUCAGAACUCAGAGGUGCUACUAAGGAGCUGCUACCCUCCUCCUGGUCUCCUUCCCCUGGAAGAGGGUGCUGGCAGGAGGCCCUCGUGGGCGCUUGGGCCUGCCCACUCUUGGAGAGAAUUGGCAGGACGGGCCUCGAGGAACCAAGAUGAAGCACAAAGUGCAGAACCUGAGUCCAGGCUGCACGCCCCAGCCCUGUUGCUGUCUGUCCUAUUUACUUACGUGUUGUCAUUUCACCGGUGCAACUUAUUUAUCCCACUGAGUUGGGGCUUCCUUUCACUGUUUCUGCUCAUGCGCCGAGACGCCCCGCUGG